AUGACCGUGACAGCUCCACUGGCGCCAUGUCUAUACACCGAGGCCCGUCUGAACAUCGAGCCGACCUACGCCAACUCGACUCUACACAUCCCCACCGAAGGACCGUCCUCGUUCUUUUCGCGCAAACGUUCAAGGAGCAACGACACCCUGGCCGAUGCCGACGAAGACGCAUACGCGAAACGUCACCUGGCCACCGAGGCGUCCAUCUUCUUUCGUCGCCAGAACAGAAACCCGCGAUGCUUCCUCUGGCGCGUUCUCGAGGANGGAAAACUGCUACACAUCCAGAGCGUCGACCUGAUCCAAGCCCGCAGAAACACUCAAGAGAGUGUCAUUACCUUCGCCCUGAGCUUCGCCAACCCCAUUCGGUCCAAUGGUGUCGCCUUUGCUGAUGCUGUCGAGCGCGACGCCCUCGAAGUCUUUGUCUUGACCACCUCCAACGAACUUUUCACCUUUACCCUGCGCAAAGACCUCCUCCUGCGUGGCUCGCUGCCCUCGCCUGCCGACUUCGACCCCACCAGCUGCUUCAAAGUCCACCAGUCACCUUCGUUCAGCUUCCGCUCCCCCUACAAGCUCGUUGCUCUUAGUUCGAUGGACUUGCUUGUUUCCCUCAGCGACGGGGGCUUGUUGCGUCUGUCAAGAAAUGUCGGCCAGGGUCAAGGAUCAUGGCACGAAACUGCGUUUAGCGAACCUGGUUGGGGCUCAUCCUUCAAGACCUUCUUCUCCAUGAGAGGCCACAAUACCAUCAAAUUCAACGGCCUUGACCUUGAGCCCUCGACUGCUGCUGCAAUCGCCUUGUCGCCCGAUGCAACACAUGUCUUUACUGUGUGCCUCGAUCAUACUCUGAAGGCCUGGAACACCCAAACCGGAAAACUGGGAGUGCAAACUGACCUUCUCAACGAGAACGACAAGGAUAUGCAGUCUGCCUCAACGCAAUUUGUGAUGAGUCCUGCUCAAGGAACUCUUCUCAAGCUUCUCCAAGUUGAUGGAAGUCCCGAUGGCGACAUGUACUAUGCUGUCACGAACUCACCAAAAGACCACCAAUUCAAGUUUUGGGCAGUCAUGGAUCCUGACGAUGUUGAAUUGGGCCUCCGCGACGUCCAGCCAGACACCAAACUCAUCCCUCCUCUUGAUGAACUAAUGAACACGAACGCCUGGCAACUUGUCGAAUAUCAUGUUCGUCCUUCAAAGGGCUGGCGCAGUACUCAAUUAUGGAUCAGAGUCAGAUCUGGUGCUAUCUGCAAGAUCUUUACUCUGACCUUCGAUCUGCUUGCCGUGUCUGACGACCUUGAAGAUGCAUGGCGCAACAAUUGGGCCUUUGUUGACGAUGGGUCUCUUACUAUUGAGGCUCUUAUGAACGACCCCUCAUACCCAGGAGACGCUGACAUUCAACUUGCGGUAGAAGACUACUCGAGUCUCAGCGAUCGAUGGCUCGACUUCUUCUUCUACCCCGGCAGGUUUAGUGUGCCUAUGCUGGAAAGUGCAUUGCACAUCUACAAGAAGGGUCUCAAGCUCUCAACCGAAUCAUCCCGAUCGACCAAGGAGAGCCCGCUCAAGGGUAGAAUCUGCGAUGCUAUCGCCGCCAAAAUCAGUGUUGACCAGGAUGCUGAGGGUCAGCUAGAUUUCGACAAGUACCAAUCCGAGAUUGCUGCACAAUGGCAUGUGUUCUUUGGCCUCGUGCGACACCUUCAUACCAGACGUGGCGAUUCUCUUUCUUUGGCAUUCGACACGGAUACGGACCUUGCCUGGUCAGUCAGAGCAGAUCAAGUCGGCCCUGUCAGGCAAUGUAGUGAAGUUGAGGUUAUGAGUCUCAACAAAGAUGUCUUCCUUGCUCAAGAGGACUCGUUCAUCAACAACUCCAUGCCCCUUGCCAACCAUUUGAGCGACGAAAAUAGUGUGCAUAUUGGUCGUCUCCUUGCGGGUGCGAGAACGUUCAGGAGGGGAUUGUCUGCUGACUUCCAGAAACUCUUUGAAACGGCAAGUGCCGCAGAUGCUCUCAAGAUUGGUAUCAAUGAUACAACUCCAAACGGUACCCAGGACAAGCAUCUUGAGGACUUGCGACAACUCUACGAAAUAUGCGCUCUUCAUACCGAAGUUACGGACGAGGACUUCAAUCAACUAACAGACUCGAUGCAAGAGCUCGGCGGCCUUGGUGAUCUGGACAACGAGUUGUUCUAUGUCGCUAUCGAACGUCUCGCUGAACCUGAACAGGGUGCCGACGGAGACCAAGCACUCACUCGUUACGGAGACAAGGCUACUAUUCGCGGCGCCCAGGACACUCUUUCUAUGACAAGGGACAUUAUUCUUGAUCUUCUCGCUUUGGUAGUUUUCAUGGCUGGCGAUCUUGAGGAGGAAGAACUCUCGCCUGAAUUCAGACCAUCAGAACUGUACGAGCAGCUGGUCGUGAAGCUGAAAGAGCACAAUGUUCUACUGUGGCUCGCUAGCAAUGUACGAGAAGAGCCCACAAAGAAGGCCAAAGACGCUGUCGACAGCCCCGUCUCCAAGUCCAACAAGUCUCAAUCUCAUCCCACUUUGACAGUGCUUGAGAGCAUCUUCAUUGGAGAUUGGCACAGCCUGCGAUUCCCAGCUUCGGAGGCUCUUCCCUUCCUCAUCACUUACUGGUGCCGUGCAUGGACAUAUGGAGCUAACAUCUCCAAUGCUUACAAGGGUGUUGUCGAGCACGUUUUGGGCAACCUCCUCAAGCAUCAGGACUAUGAUCUGGCUACAGACUUUCUCAAGUUUGUGUCAGAUGGACCUUGGUCGUCUUAUCUCCGAGGAAGACUAAAUCUCGCAAUCGGAGAAUACGCCCUGGCCGCCGAGUAUUUCAAGCAGGCAUCGGAGCCCCUCGCCGAGAAGAACAUUAAGAAACUCAAGAUUGAUGAGUUAGAUACGUCGAGCUUGAUUGAUCCCCAAGCACGCAACUUUUUCAACGAUGGAUUGCCCCGUUACUACUUACACAUUUCAUACUUGUUUGAGCGCAGUCGACUGCACGCAUACACAGCCGAUUUCGCCUCGCUCGCUGCUCAGGAGUUUGCAGUGAACUUUGAGAACUUCGACGACAACUCGUUGAUCGAUCUAGACACACGCAAGCAGGGCAUGCACGGCAGCCCAGCAGCCACGAAGGUCAAUCUGGCAAUGGAAGAGAUCAAACUGUUGCGCGUGCGCGAACUGAAGGAGGACAUCUUGACGCGUGUAUUCAAUGCUUCGUUGCAGAUCUGCCGCUACAAGCCUGCCUUUGAUGCUUUGCUUGUGCUGGGCAACCCUGUGCUACGCAAGACGUCACUUCAAGCACUGCUGCAAUCGCUCAUUGCGACCAAUAGGAUGAACACGCUUCUUUCCCUGCCAUUCCCAGAAUAUCUCCUUCCUGAGGUUGACGAUAUACUGCUAUCGUUGGCGCGCAAGCACCUAUCUUUCUCCCCGACGCCGACACCUGGCCAGCCUCAGUACCAUCAAGUCAUGUACACAUGGCGUAUUCACAACAACGACUUCCGUGGAGCUGCCGAGAUAUUAUUUGAGCGUCUGCAACGUCUUAGACAUAGCACGGCCAAGGUGUUUGAACCUGAUGACGAGACGUUGGUCGAGGCGUACUUGGUCCUCAUCAACACGCUCGCUUGCUGCGGUAAGGACGAGGGAUGGAUUCUUGCAGAAAAGGUCGAGGAGGAAUACCAGCGUGGCAAGAGCGUGUCAGCCAGCCACGGCAAGAAGCGCAGAAUAGUCACGCUGGAAGAUGUGCGUAAGGAGUACCAGGCAGAGCUGGACCGCAGAAGUGAGAUGCAGCAAGGCAGAUUUGCGCUGACUGCAGGUGAUGAGAUGGAUAUGUUCUAA